AAAAUCUCCUCAAUAUCCCCCAAGAUGGCCGCCGAUGUAGGAUCGAUGUUUCAAUAUUGGAAGAAAUUUGAUCUACGGCGGCUCCAGAGGGAGCUAAACUCUGUAGCAUCUGAGCUGGCGGGUCGACAAGAGGAGAGCGAACAUUCCCACAAGCACCUGGUAGAGCUGAGCAGGGAGUUCAAGAGAAAUGUCCCUGAGGAAGUGCGGGAGAUGGUGGCACCUGUGCUCAAGAGUUUCCAGGCUCAGGUGGUUGCUCUGAACAAGCGCAGUAAGGAGGCAGAGUCUGCGUUCCUUGGAAUCUACAAACAGCUUAUCGAGGCCCCAGAUCCAGCUCCUGUGCUGGAGGCCUCACACACCCUGGAGGAAAGGCUGCAGCAGCUUCAGAGCUUGGCCCCAGACAGCGAGGCCCUGGUACGAGAGAUCAGCGGGCACUGGAAGAAACACUUGGAGUGCCUUGAAAAGACAGAACACACAGAGGAUGAUCCUGUAGUGUCAGGGGCAGCAGUGGCAGGAGAGGCCCCAGAAUCCAGCUCUCCAGCCUCCCUGAUGACCCCCAACAGUACACCAGUUCCCAGGGCCCCAGGAUCCCCACAGCCGAACUACCAGGACCAAGCUGAGGACCGAGGGGAGGGGGAGAGCGCUGACGUUCGUUCAGCUGACAGACUGUCAGAGGCCGAUGAGAAGAUCAAGGUUCUGCAUUCAUCUUUGAACACUGCACAGACAGAGCUGCUGGACCUGCGGUGUAAAUACAAUGAGGAGAUGACAAAGAAGGCAGGGGAGGUUGAUGCCAUCGUGGCGAAUCUUGAGAAAGCAAACCAGAGAGCAGAAAUGGCUCAGAGGGAAGUGGAGAGGCUAAAGGAGCAGUUAGCCAGUGCCACUAAAGGGAACUGCCAUCCAGCAGAGGGCACUAGCAGGGAGAAGAAUGAGAAGGGCGAAGUAUUGCCCUCGCAGCUGGAGGCCACCCUGCUGGCUAAAGACCGCGAAAUCCUCUGUCUCCUUGAAAACAUUCAGCGGCUGCAGUUCACGCUGCAGGAAGUUCAGGAGACAUCAGCCAAUCAGAUCCUGGAGCUGGAACGCCAGCUGGCCUAUAAGACAGAAGCUAUUGAGAGAUUAGAAGCUAAACUGCAAUCCCAGCUGGACUAUGAAGAGAUUAAAACUGAACUCAGUAUCCUUAAGGUAAUGAAGCUGGCUUCAGCAAACGGCGGCUCAUCUCAGGAGUCCGCCAAGGCUGCAGAGGCUCUUCUGCUGGAUAAAGAGGCCUUUCUUCCAUCUCACAAGUAUCUGGUGGAGAAGGCUCGAAUUCUGCACAGCAAUGAUGAUGACCAGUCCGACGAUGCAGGAAGGGAGACGGGUAGACCGCCUGGCUCCCACUCGUCCUCCUCUCAGGUGGACGGCCGUGGCUCCCCUAGCCCCGGCCCCCCCACCCUGGACGGCUCCUCCUCCAGCCACGAUCUCCCCCGUCCCUUCUCUGUGUCACCAUGCUCCGGGGACAGACAGUCAGGAGACCACAUCCUCCACAAGCAGCUCCUUUCCCCACAUUUUAAAAAGGAGGGCCUCAUGGCUUUUCCCACGGCCCUCUAUGCAGCAAAAGUCGCCCUCAUGUCAGCGUCUCAAGGGUCUGCAGCGGCAGGUAGUGUUGACGCCGGCCUGCCCAGCGACCAUUCAGAAAGCGGCAGCUCGACGGCGGGAGAUGAGGACCAACUGGACACGGCAGAGAUUGCCUUCCAGGUGAAGGAGCAGCUGCUCAAGCAUAACAUUGGCCAGCGUGUUUUUGGCCACUAUGUGCUGGGCCUCUCCCAGGGCUCGGUCAGUGAGAUCCUCGCAAGACCCAAACCCUGGAGGAAGCUAACUGUGAAAGGCAAAGAACCUUUCAUUAAGAUGAAGCAGUUCCUCUCUGAUGAACAGAACAUCCUGGCACUUAGGACCAUCCAGGUCCGACAGAGAGGGAGCAUCACUCCGCGCAUCCGAACUCCUGAAACUGGGUCAGACGACGCCAUUAGGAAUAUCCUGGAGCAGGCCAAGAAGGAGAUCCAGUCCCAGAGGGGAGGUGAUGGCAAGUCAUCUCUGAACAGCUCAUCAGGCAGAAGCAGUAAUGGAGCUGGCAGCGGCUCUGAUGAAACCAUAAAGAGCAUCUUAGAACAGGCCAGGAGGGAGAUGGAGGCCCAGCAGCAUGUGCUGAUGGAGAUGGAGGCCUGUGGGAGGGCCUCGACUGCCAGUUCAGGAGCACAGGUGGAACGUCUAGGGCCCCCAGAGCGCUCCAGGGGCCUGCCGUUACCCAUCUCCAUCAAACAGGAGGAAGGGGGCUGUGUUACCGUGUGCAUGGCUAACCCCAUCAGCAGCCCGCAGACCCCUCUCAGUGUGCUCUCCCCCGCCGCCUUCGUCCAGAACAUCAUCCGCAAAGUCAAGUCAGAGAUCGGUGAAGUAGGCACCUACUUCGAUCAGCACUGGUCACAAGAGCGGGGGCCGAUGGGGCUAGUCGGAGGAGGUAGCUCUCGGCCCUUCAAUUCUGUCUCUCCUUCCUUGUCUUCCUCCUCCUCUGGGCCCUCUGCGUUGCCUCGGCCGUGGCCACGUCUGGAGAACGGCGAGUGUCUCCCCAACAGCGAGGAGGCCUCUGCUGCUGAGGACGACCUAGGGCUCAGUCGGCCGGUGGAGGUUAAGGUGGAGUCGGACACAUCAGUGAGCGGCGAGUCCCCAGGACCUGGCCCUGGGCGCCUAUCCUACUACCCAGCAUACAUCCCCCGAGCCCUCAAGCCGACCGUGCCGCCGCUGACUCCAGAGCAGUAUGAGAUGUACAUGUAUCGAGAGGUGGACACCAUUGAGCUGACUAGGCAGGUGAAGGAGAAGCUGGCGAAGAACGGCAUCUGUCAGAGGAUCUUUGGUGAAAAGGUGCUGGGGCUCUCUCAGGGCAGCGUGAGCGACAUGCUGUCUCGGCCCAAACCAUGGAGCAAGCUGACUCAAAAAGGCAGGGAGCCCUUCAUCCGCAUGCAGCUGUGGUUGCUGGACCAGCUAGGCCAGAGCCUCAACCAGCCCCCAAACCAAGGCCACGCUCAGGAUAAAAGCCCAGUUACGGCACAGUCCUCACCCUCCCCGCCCCCCAGCCCAGCGGAGAGCCACCCAAGUCCCCUAGUGGAGCCUGUCAGCCUUUCCCUGGAGAGCAGCAAAGAGAACCAGCAGCCUGAGGGCUUAGGGCUUGCGCUGCCCCCCCAUCCAGAGGGAGGGAAAUCUACCCCCAGCCUCAUGGCCUUGCAUCAGCCCUCAAACCCACUGGGCAUCCAGGAGCUGGUGGCCAUGUCUUCCGAGCUGGACACCUAUGCCAUCACAAAGAAGGUCAAGGAGGUUCUAACAGACAACAACCUAGGUCAGCGUCUUUUCGGGGAAACUAUCCUGGGUCUGACGCAAGGCUCAGUGUCAGAUCUGCUCUCCAGACCCAAACCUUGGCACAAACUCAGCCUGAAAGGCAGGGAGCCGUUUGUCCGCAUGCAGCUGUGGCUCAAUGAUCCUCACAAUGUAGACAAGCUGAGGGCCAUGAAGAAGAUGGAGAAGAAAGCCUAUCUGAAAAGGCGGUACGGGCUUCUGAGCACCGGCUCAGACAGCGACUCACCCAGUACUCGCUCUGAGUGUGUGAGUCCGGCCUUGGUCUCGCUGGACCUGUGCCCCUACAGCCAGGUGAAGAAGCCCCGGGUGGUGCUGGGAGCUGAGGAGAAGGAAGCCCUGAGAAAGGCCUACCUGCUGGAGCCCUACCCCUCUCAGAACACCAUCGAGAUACUGGCAGCCCAGCUCAACCUCAAAACCAACACUGUCAUCAACUGGUUCCACAACUACAGGUCCAGGAUGCGACGGGAGGUGCUGAUGGAGGGUCUGCAAGACAAUGACACAGAUGCCGAGCAUCACAGCUACUCCCCCUCAGUGACGCGGAGCCCCCACUCUGAUGGAGAGGAGAGGAGGCUGCUGAAGCCCUCAGGACACAUCCACUCAGGCCUUCCUCUGAGCGCCAGCGCCGCACUUCCUCAUGUCAAACAGGAGGCACUGGACAGGGAAGACGAGGGGGAGGAGGGCUCCAUGAAACAGUUGAGAGUUCAGUGUUUUUCUACAGCAGUACAAUUCCCGCCGCUGAAAAACGAGCACGAGGACUCCAUCACCGGCCACCAGAGCCUGAGGCACGAAGAGGGGAUGAGCAGCCAAGCUCAAGGGCUCUACCCUGGCGCAGCCUCCAUAGAUGGACCCCAGAGAGCCAGUCAGUCCCGGCACGAUGGGGAGGACCCUGGAAAGUCGCCUGUUGACCCAGUCAGCUUCAAGGCUUCGUCGGAACCCUGCCGCAGCAGCUUGGAAGUCUCCCUGAACUCCCCCUCCGCUGCAUCCUCACCCGGCCUCAUGAUGUCAGUCUCCCCCGUCCCUUCCUCCUCUGCUCCAAUAUCGCCCUCGCUGCCCAACCCGCCCUCAACUAGCACCAAUCACAGCCUGGAACCUAACCAGAUCCCUCCAUUCCAAUGCCCCAAACUCAACAGAAGCACUCAGAGACGCAAUGAGAAAAUGGCCAACCUCAAUAACAUCAUCCAUAGGCUAGAGAGAGCAGCCAAUCGAGAAGAAACACUGGAAUGGGAGUUUUAAGGUCCCCCUUUUACUUGUACCUAGUCCUGAUGACCCUCGCGGCACAAAGGGGCGUCUCAGAUAGAAUCUUCCUGAAGACUUUUAACGGAGCCUGGCUCCUGAAGGCCUGUCCUCUCAGACUGAAAACUCAAAGGAAACGGGAACGCAGAGCUACACAUAUAGCUAACUUCCCUGCAAGAACUAAAAAAAAAAGAUUUAUAAAUGUGUAUUUGUUUUUGUUUUUGAUAAUGCAUACUACUUUGAAAUAGAUGUGACAGCAUAAGCUGUUGUUUUACCUUUUGGACUUGACAAGAAGACUUUUGCAGCUAUGGUGUCAUAAAAUGUACACUGAAGUUCUGUAGAUUGCCACUGGGUGAGAUUAAAAAAAGACCCCUGUCUUAAGCCAUUAAAAGCACUAUAACUAUUUGAAAAGAGACAUUGACCAAAUUUGCUACUUUUUGAAUAGCAAUUUUUCAGAUUUUGUCUGUAAGACUGGACAGUUUAAGUCAAGUAACAUGAAAUCCUAUUACUGACUGAGGGAUAGUCCUUUAAGACUCUAAAUAUUCAACAUCUUGUAUGUACUUAGUUUCUCGGUGAUAUGUUUUGAAAUAUUUGUAACUCACACGUAUAAAAUGUGGUUGUACAUGUUGUAGAAUUGUCUGCAAUAGCCUUCUCUAAACCUGAUGUAGCAUGGUACUCACCUGACCCUGUUAUCCUCUGUAGUUAGUCACCUGUGAUUAUACUUGAGCGAAAA